AUGUCCCCCAAGUGUGUAGUUCUCGCGUUCUUUGUUGUUGUGGUGGCAGUGUCUGCACGUACCGUAUCAGUUGCUGAAGAAAAUGUGAUACCACACGACACCCCUCGCGGUUCAUCAUCCCUCCUGGACGAAUUACGAUUCGCAUAUAACGUUUACAGAAACUGCGACGGAGAUUCUUCAUGUUUGAAGCUCAAACUCGUUACAACCCUCGACAGGGCUGCAAGAUCUGUUUCUGAUUAUUCGUUUAUGGGGGUAAAAUUCGUGAAGGACCCAAAUGCACCCUCACCUCCGGAACCGCAACCUGAGUCUGAAAUUGCAGACCAACUACCGCGUUCCCUUGAAGACAAGGAAGACAAACUGAAUGCAUUGAUUGUGGAUAAAAUCGGCAGUUUUCUUUCAACGCAUUCUUUACAAGUUGAAUUACCUUCAGUAUCCGAUCUUCAGAGAGCAUUCUCUGAUGACGAAGGCAGAGCGAAAAAGAAAAAACUUAGUGGAUUGUUGACAUUGCCUUUACUUCUUGGAGGUGCUUUAAUCCCGUUAGUACUUGGUGGUCUUGCUUUACUUGCUGGUAAAGCAUUGCUAACUGCCAAAGUAGCUCUAUUACUAGCUGGAAUCAUCGCUUUCAAGAAACUCUUCGGUGGUUCCACACCUGCUUCGAUCUACCCUCAUGACAGUCAUGAAGUGGUAGUUCCUUCAGGACACAUUGGUAGUGGAUGGGGACGUUCUUACAACAAAGAACCCCAGAAGAUGGCGUACAGCGCAUAUGCACCCAAUUCGACCCAACAAUAA